CAGCUGACAUUACAAUAUUUCUAUAGCCGUUCUUGUGUUGAAACUUGAAACUAAAAUAAGUCAAACAAGUAAUUAAUGGUGAUGCAAUUGAUAUAAUCACGAAUAAAGAAUAAUUUUAUCUAUUGAGAAAAAUCAAUUUUCAGAGUAAUGACGUAAUAAAAUACAAGCAUUGUUGAUGUCAUCUCGUAUAACAUUGGUUAUUGCUUGAUUUCAAGGUUAUCCGUAUAAAUGGAAUCAAUUUAUUGAUUCCCAACUAGGAAUACAAAACAUAAACAACUUUCAGAAAAGAAUAGGAUUAAUAUCAUUGAAAUCAGUAUUCCAUAAUUCAAAAAUGACAAUGCAGCAGUAUUGCCUCAGAUGGAAUAAUCAUCAACCAAAUUUCAUUUCUGUAUUUUCUAGUCUUUUGAAUAGUGAAUCAUUAGUUGAUGUUACAUUAGCAGCAGAAGGGCGACAUUUACAAGCUCAUAAAGUGGUUUUAUCAGCAUGUAGCACCUAUUUCCAAUCAUUGUUCACCAUUAAUCCUUGCCAACAUCCAAUUGUAAUCCUUAAGGAUGUGAAAUUCUUAGAUCUGAAGAUAAUGGUCGAUUUUAUGUACUACGGAGAAGUAAAUGUAUCUCAGGAACAACUACCGCAUAUCCUCAAAACAGCAGAAAUGCUAAAAAUUAAGGGAUUGGCAGAAAUACCAGUUGAUCAGUCUAUGACAAGACAAGACAACACAUCUGAUCGGGCUGAACUUUUAACAACGGUUGAUACCAGUUGGAAUAAUGAGACUAUACAAAAUCGGUCUUCUCCCUCACCUUGUCCAUCAUCACCAUCAUGUAGGAGGAAACGGUUAAGGAAAUCAUCAACAGGGUCGGGAUCUGGUUCUCUUGAAAAGUCAGUGGAUGAAUCACACUUGAGUGAAUCUUGUCAUACCAAUAUCAAUGUAGAAACAGUAAUAAAAUCUGAUCCUGGUUUUAACAUGGAUAAUAUCGGCCAUCCAAAAAAACAAAACAGUAAUGAUUCAGAAUCACAAAGAGGCAGUUCCCAUGAAAGCAGUGAUCGUGAUACUAAUUUAAAACAACAUAUACAUUUGCCCAUAUCCCAGCCAGAGUACACAACCAUACAAACUAUAACGGAUACUAAUUUAGAAAUGCAGAAACCUUCAACAAGUACAUCGCAUCAGUCAGAAUGUCACAAACCUAAUGUAACUACACACGCACAACUAUCCCAACAGUUUGUACACCACAGUCAAAUCACUAUGGGUACGAAAAGGGGACGAUUCUUGAUGAGACAACAGCGUAUCAAGAAGGAAAAUGAUGGCGGUCAUCCGUCAGAUGGAGAUUCACCAACCAUCCAAUACUUGACAGUUCCACCGAUGCGCAUGGAGCGCCAAUGUUCCGAUCCUCUGCCUGCCAACUCUUCUUCUGGCGGUUUAUUAGCAGUUCCUGGUUCGGUCUUGUUGAAACAACACUCGCAUCCUCUUCUAAUGAGUCAGUCAAGAUCCUUUUCUCCACCACCGAAUCUGCAGACUUUCAUACACUCUUCUAAGCUUGGUGAUCAAGCUGAGAGAGCAAUCAGCCCUGUUGUUGUGGUAACAGAUCCAUUAUCCGUAUCGCAAGAACUUCCACUUAAAGGGGAUGUCCCUCAGAUGCCAACUGCUACAUUGAGGGUGAGGACAGAUGAACUGAAAAGAAGUGUUUCAUCGCCACAAGAAAGCGCAAGGUCUUCUCAUUGUCCGGUAGUACGUCCUGGGCCGGCUCUAGGUUGCAACUUCUGCUGGAACACAGUCGACACCCAUGGUCGAAUAUUAAGGAGAAAAACUAAAUACCAUUGUCCCGAAUGUCAAACUAACCUCUGUAUAGUUCCCUGCUUUCAGGAGUACCACGAGAGACAUCCCAGUCAAACUGAUCCAAUCGCGCUGACAACAUCGGUCAUGCGCGUUUUUCCGAAAACUACUUCUAUGUGAGACGCCUGAUUGAGAAUUUGGAAAUCUAUACGAAUUAUCACAUGGAAAAAUAGUUCCUAAUGAUAUGCGGUAGAGGAGGGAAUUUUGUUGGAGGUGAUGAUUGAGAUUGAAAAACAAAUUUUGACAUUGGGCUCUCUUUGCACCUUUUCAAAGUUGAAAAAUGCGAUUGUUGAAAAGCUGUAAACUCUAAGAGAAAAUCGAUUUAAUUCUAUGGUUAUAUCAUAAUAUUCAUAUACAAAUUUGGAAUGCUGUUGAAGGUAGAGUCUGUUCGUAUUCUGUUCUCAAAGAAUAUUGGGAACAAGAAGAAUUUUAUUGGAUAUUGAACACGGUUGAUGAAACAAAGGAAAAUUUUUAACAUUAAAUGGUUUAUUCCAUAGAGGGAAGUUCUCUUUGUCAGCAUCACUGAUCUUAAGGUUCGAAAAGUAACCAUAAAUCGGUUUAUCAAAGUUCAAAGUUGUACUUUAAUAUCAAAUGUUGACGUCGCUUGGCCUUUCCGAAUUCAUUAGAAUAAGUAUUGUUUAAAAUGAUCCAAUCCAUUUGUUUUAAACUUUUUCAUUCAGGAAUAGCUAUGAUACACGAAUAAUAUCUUUGAUUUAAAAAACCGUUAUCGCACUAUGACCGAAUUUGAUGGCAGAAGAACACUUAUGUGUCAUCACGCAACGCAACACACUAUUCUGUUCCUACCUACAAAAUUAAACACAUAUGAAGAUCAUCAUUCACUUGAGUCAAUACAAGGUGCGUCAUGCUUAGCUCCCACACUUUAAAAAGUUCCUAAAGAUAAAAUUUAUAGAAGUUAAAGAAAAGCAAGUAGUAGAUAUAGUUGUUCAAAGCUGUAUACUGUAAAACUGAGUUAACAGGAGCGGUGACACUAGCAUCUUCAAGAAUGUUAGACCAAAUGACGCCUCUAGCCUUUUGGGUUGUGGUUGGGUGGAUGGUCCCCUUGAGGCUUGUCAGUUGCCCAAUCACAGCAGUUUUGCCUAUUAACACAACCUGGAAGAUGUAAGUAAGCUCCAUAACUCAGUUGCCUGCAACUGUCAAGACUUCUCCCCCAGUCCCGUUGGUGGUAACCAUGAUUUUGUAAGAUCUUGAGGUCAGUACGCAAAAUGCGUCUCAUUCUAGUGUCUGAAAUCAGAAGAAUGCGGGCAUGUUUUUGUGUAGAAUGAGAGGUGUUAAAAGACUGACCCUUCCUCCUGUUUGUGUAACCUCUUUCGAGUUUGUUUUCCAGUUAUUGCAUGCGAAUGGCCCUCUAUGUGGCAGUUACAGAAGUAUCUUUUUCAAUAAAAGUCGCGACAACAAAACUACCCUAGUCUCCCAAAUACAAUAUGAUGAGAUCUGAAAAUCUUUCUGGGAUUGCCCAUUCUCGCACCAUGAUAAAUGAAAAGUGUGAUUUAACCAUGGCGCACCCUGUAAAUUAGUCUCUGAAGUGAGCCGGCAUAAUUUCUGGUGAAUAAACGAAGGAUAAUAAGCGCUUCUAUUUUAAAACUAAGUUUCGUUCAGUUGAUCAUACAUCAUAUUUUUUAUUAUAAUUUGUAAUCCAGCUCUCAGAUUUUUCUUCAAUAUCGAAAGAUCCAGAGUACCUACUACAGUCAGGUAGUUAUUUCUUGUUUUUCUACUCGGAGAGUGCUUGCAAACUUGAGUUCCUUGAGAAUGACCCUAGUGUCGCUAAGGUUUGAAUGUUGAAUAUUUUGCUUUUUUCACAAUUAUUGAACAGUUUUCGAAGAUUAUUGUUUUUAUUAAAUUGUAAUAUUGUUGAAAAAAGAUAUUGAUGAAAAUAUUAAUGAAGCUCUCAUUGAAGAAUAUCGAAAGAAAAACGUAUUUGUUACGUGCUUUUUGGAUAAUUGUGAUUUGUAUUGUGAAACGCACAAAAAUAACACUCAACUGAAUCGCUAGAUAGAACCAAAAUCCAAUGAAAACCAAUUUGCAUGUCAUUCAGUGGCAGCUUAUCUGUUUUGGGUGUCUCAGAAGUGGUGUUAUAAUGAUGGAAAAAUAUCAGUACAAAGUAUUCAGAAUUUUGCUUGUAAUCAUUUUGAUACCAGGAUCGUAGACCUAAUAAUGAAUGAGAAUGUAUGUCUAAAUAGCAUUUUAUAAAACUUACGUAGACUUGAAUUAUAUUUGUAUUAUAUUGAGGUUCAAGAACUAGGAGAAGCUGAGUCAUUUCAGACUUAAAAUUGUCUAACUGCCUUCUGACUUAAUACAUUCGUCCAAAAAAAUCAUAAAAUCCCAUUUUUUAUUAUGGGAAAAUAUUUGGAUGUGUUUUUUCAGAAAAAUUUUAUGAGAUUGUCAGUUUUCAAUAUGGGUAUCGGAAAGAAAGUGUCAGUUAUUUUCUUUCGUUUUCAGAUUAAAUAUAAACUCAUGCACGAGCUUCUCUAGGUAAUUUUUAUUUCUAAUGAAAAGUAUUGUUAUUACAAUUGAUGUCGAAAUUUGUAUUGCUUCUUCAACACUUAGGUAGACCAAAUCACAUGGUUGACUGUGUAGAUUGUAUUUCUUGAAAUUAUAAUAUCAUUUUGGUCAGGUCAGAUUCAUAAGAUGGAAACAGUUGUUUACACUUUCAAUGAGGUAUGUUUGUUGAAUAUUUCUCAACACUGGUUCCAGUGGCUCUUUGGUUAUAUAAUCAACUAUACUUUCAGAUAACUCACUAGACUACAAAGUGUUUAAUCAUUCGAUAAAGUGUUGUUGAAUGAUUAAACAGAGACAAUCUAUUAAUGCUCAGAUAUAAACUAUACAGGGUGUUCCUAAAUUGGAGGUUCAAACGGAAACGAUAGAUUCCUCGGAUCAUUUUAAGAAGAGAAAAAGCGUAUAAUUUCGAGAUUGUGUUUACUAUCAAAAUAAUAAUUGAAGGAUUCGAAAACCAAAAGAAUUAUUAAUUAUCAAAAAUUAAUCACCUAUUUGACUCAUACAUAGUCCAUUUGUUGUUAGGUCUAUGGCUGAAAUGCAAUUAACGUUAUUUAAAAAAAGCAAAUUUGCUCAGAAAUAUUAUUUGAUGAGGGACAUUGUUAUAUGUGAAAAAAUUCUAUUUAUAUCAAAAAUAUUUCAUGCCUUGCCACAGAUUUUUUCUAGUAAAUCAUCUUUCUAUAUUUGAAAACUCAUUGUUGAUAGAUAUAUUUUUUAUGAAAAUAUUAAGCUACUUGGGUCCUGUCAAUCCCAAGUUCCUUCUUAAGAUUUAUUUUCUAUACCUGAAAAGUAUUAUCUAAUGUAAAUAUUUGUAAAUAAUUGAAGCGUUAAUUAUUUAUGGCUAUUUUUCUGUUGAAUCUGAUGUUUAUUUUGGAUAAAAUGUUAUAAUAUCACAGAUUUAUUUUUCACUGAGCAUAUGUGAUGGAAAAUAUCCAUUGAUUUCUAUCUGUAAAUGACAAAGUAACUAACGUCCUAAUAGAAAUUUGUUGAAUCACCAAUUGUCAUACUUCGAAGCAGAUAUUAUUUCUGGAUGGAAUAUAAUUUUUUUUAGGGACGUGACAUAUUGAAAUGUGAUAAUUUUUUCUUUAAUAUAAGAUAUUUUGGAAAUAUGUAGAUUGAUAUUUGUCAUUUAUCCAUGUAGAGUUGUUGUAUUGAUAAAACCCAAAUGUUGUAUAAAGUAAAAAGCUUUUGAUGUAUUGUGAAGAAAUAUUUCAUGGCGUAAAUAAAGAGGUAUAUUUUUUAA